UUGUAAUGUUGCAUAAGUCUACCAAAACUUUGAAGAUCUAUCGAAACUUGAAGAUUCCGAACUUAUUGGUAUACUGAAUCGAAAUUCGUCGCUGAAUAGAACCUUCGAAGAAUUAUUUUAGCUCGAAUUUUCUUAACUUUCCGUUAUGUCAUUAGCAUUUGUUCCAAUUACUGUUCACGUAUGUUACAUCAAUGGUGAUUUUUCGGAUAAAAAAUUUCAAGAAUGAGAGAUAAACAGCGGGCUCGGAACAAUUUCUCUCCAACAGAUUGUACAAAUUAUUUAAUGAAAUCGAAAGUUUAACUUCAAUUAACGAAAAGAGACAAGAAACCAAAAGAAGUUUUCUUCUUUUUUUUUUUUUUUUUCGAUAUCGAAAACGACGUCGUUUUGAGGUUAUUCAGCUUCUGGUUAAUCGUCUCGUUUCUGUUAGUAACUCCGAUUUGAAGAGCGGACACGGCGAGUUAACGACCAACUUCUCGCGUUUACCAUCGAUCGUAGUCGAUUGCAGCAGUUGGGAUUGCCGUGGAGUCUGCGAAGUCAACUUUUGGUAUUCUGUUCGCGAGGCGGCGCGCGUUUUAUUGUGAAUAACGGACCUAACGGACUCAGCGGAAUUACUGAACUUAUGUUGGUGAAAUACGGACAGCCACUAAGCGUGCACCUCGAGUUUCAUCGCGGGUGACAGUUCCCCAUCGGUAUUAUCGUCACUGUUGUUUCACAUAACCUCAAAGUAGUCGUGUAAAGCCGAGGAAAUUUUCGCCGAGGAAAGAAUGAAUUCGGGUGGGGACGGAAGCGGCGACGCGAACGCAGAACGGCACGGAGUCGGACGUGGCCGUGGCCGAGGACCUUGGACCUCCAACCCGCAAGAAAAUGCUAUGUUGAGGAGACCUCAUCACUCUACAUUUGGAGUGCAAACAGGAUCAAUGGAUCAAAGAAACACAGAACAAAACAAAUUCGACAAAUCGUUUGACGAUAUUAUACAGAAUUCCACACUGUCGGUUCAUGCAGCUGAAUUUGUUCCAAAAUCAUAUACUGUUAAACAACCACAUCAUCAUCAUCAUCAACAUCAUCAGAGAUAUCCAAAACACUCGGUUCAAGAUAGGUUACAAGUGGCGCGUGAAAUACCCCUCCAAGUGCAGAUGAUGCAACAAAAUCCUGAUCAGCUGUCAAAUAUGCAAGACUAUGGACAAUUCGAUGGAGGCUCAGGGGAUUACAAGGACAAACAUCAGGAUCAGAACAUAGAAGAUGAUAAUUAUUUAAUCGAAUUUGCAAACAUAACGCAGAAUUUAAUGAGCGUUAUACAUUCAUUGAUAUUAAAUCCAGGUCAUUUUACUUUAAUCGUGCCACCACUUAUUAAUAAUCUUAGGCCUUAUUUAGGAUUUCCUAGUCAGUUUCGAGAAAUUAUAAAAAUAAUAAUUCAGCAGUCCAUAAACGAAGGUAAUUUCCGGUACAGUGGUGCUCGACUUUGCGCCUCCUUAGACAGCAGUUUAACUCCUAUAGAACAGACAUCUUUCAGAUGGACUCUGUAUACUCUGUGUAAAAAUGAAACAGACAGUCAAGCUUCUAAUUGGCAGCAAAAGGAGAAUCACACAGAAGAAGAACAGAAGAAAUGUCAUGGUUUGAUAUUACUUUUAGCUGAACUAGUUACUCAAAUGGAACAAACUUCUGCUUUUACUUUAGGAGAUUUAUUAAUUCAGCUUAUUAUUAUCGUACUGAACAAACCCGCGCCAAAUUCUGUCAAGAAUAUCUGUCAAGCCCUUAAGUUGGCAGGACAAACUUUGGAAAAAGAUAAGGGUGAUUGUCGACGUAAGGAGAUGGAAAAUAUGAUGCGAGCUUUGACGGAACUUGUGACAGAAGGUAGAGUGGAUUCACAUGUAGGCUACAUGGUUCAUAGUGUUCACGAGUUAAGAAAUGGAAAUUGGGGACAAAGUUCUAACAAUUCUGUGACAGUGGAACCGGCAGUAGAACUCUUAGAUCCCAAUCAGGCUAUCGAUGAACCAGUUUUAUAUGGUCCUGACGGCAAAGUAUUAACUCCGGAGGAAAAUAAAUUCUUGGAACAAGUUCCCGAUAGUACAACGAAUAUCGAGGACCAUAUUAUAUCGGAACAGGGAUAUGAAGGUGAAGAAACAUGGAUGUCAGAGGACGACGACAUAGAUGCAGCUUACGAAGAAUUUUUAAAGAAUAUUCCGAAACAAAUUAAAAAUCAGACACAGAAAUAAUCGGGUGAUGUGCAUAAUGAUUGCCUACUAUAUCGUGUAAUUUCGCCUCAUAGUUGGAAACUAUGAGAGUGGUUUCCUAAAUUUCGUUUGCAAAUUUUUAUAAUGUAAAACGAAACGCAGACUAAAUUGAACGGUAUGCUGGAAGUUUUUUGCAUUUGUACAAUAGAUAAUCCAAUGAAAUAAGUUUCUGUUGUUAAUUAACAAAUAUAUUUGAGAAAGCAGCUACGUUUAAAUUACAAUUUCGUGGAGCCAUGUCUAAUUUGUUUUAAUCUAGUUCUUAUAUUACUUUUAUCAUCGUGCACAUAGUUUUAAAAAUUUAAUAAUGAAGAAAUAUCACAGAAGUUUGUUCCUAGAAUGAAAAACAACACGAUCUAUUUGUCUAUGAUAUGAAAAUUUAUUAUUAAAUUAUUUAAAUUAUUGUAAUAAAUCAGCCGAACAAAUAAGGUAAAAUAUCAUAUGUUGUCUCUUCAUCAUUUUACAAUUAUUGUUAAGUUUAUUACAAUUGUCAAGAAUCGAAAAGUUUUGAUACCUCUGAUUAAUUUUUUUGCAGGUGUCAUAAUUUGCCAGAUUGAUUAUGCUCUUUGUUGUACAAGCAAAUUUUGUAAAUUUUUCGCAGUUUUAUAAAUUUUAAGUAAUUUUUAA